GCUUCACGGGGCUUUACUGCUGCACGAGAACGUUCAUGUGUGUAGUUAGAUCAGUCAAGAGUGCUGCAACAGGAAAGAUAACAUCAAAGUGAAUUAUUUUAUCAUGUUUAAAGUUUGCUGGAACAGGAAGUGAAAAUACGACGUUAGGCGUGGGAAGUAGGAAAUAUGAAGAUUAACGCAACCACCAAAAUGGCCACUCCGAUUGAAGAGAAAUUCGAUCAGAAUUUGAAGACACGCACCGGAAUGGUGAUGAUCAGCGAUGGCAAAACCAAACCUGAACUGGCGCGGCUUCACCUAUCGAUGGAAAUGAUCACCAUCCAGAAGCAGGACACAUCCACACCGGUGCCAACGCCAACCAGCGCCAUCCAUCCGCCAAUAGAAUCAAAGGAACGUAUGGUACAAAUCACACGACAGAAAGUCGGCGGCCUAGGAUUAAGCAUAAAGGGAGGAGCCGAACAUAAACUUCCAAUUCUGAUAUCUCGCAUCUACAAGGACCAAGCUGCUGACGCAACAGGUCAGCUAUUCGUGGGUGAUGCGAUUAUCAAGGUUAAUGGUGAAUACAUAACUGCCUGCCCACACGAUGAUGCCGUGAAUAUUCUUCGAAAUGCUGGUGAUAUCGUAGUCCUAACUGUUAAACAUUACCGAGCAGCAACACCGUUCCUUCAAAAGCAACUGAGUAGGGAGACUCCCGAGUCGGACAAUGAUGCAACCUGCGCCGAAUUGAAGGCAGACGAGGUCUGGAAAUCGGCAAACAACAGCAGACCAGUCUCCAUCAGCUCCGAGCCGGAAAAUCGAUGGAUUGAUUUAGUGUCGGUUCCUCUCAUGAUGGCCUACGUGACACGAUACAUCUACGGCACGGAUAAGCUUCGACCGAAUGCAUUCGAAGUACGUGGCCUCAAUGGAACCACAACGGGAAUAAUUCACUGUGACGAGCUGGCAAUCCUCAGUCAAUGGCUCAAAUACAUCACCGACAACAUUGUGGGGUUGACCAGUUUACAGAUGAAGCUGUACAACCGCAACUUUCCCGUCGGUGAACGGAUCGAGUACAUGGGUUGGGUGAACGAGGGUGUCAUCAGUAACCACAUCUCCUGGCAGAGCUACAAACCCCGCUUCCUGGUCCUGAAGGGCACAGAGGUGAUGCUAUUCGAUGCACCCCACUGAAUGUGGCCGGCUUACAGAAAGCAAACCGUAGCCUACAAAGUGUACCAAACUAUGUUUCGGGUGGUGAAGGAGUCCGAGACGGUCGACUCCCGGCAGCAUUGCUUCCUGCUGCAGAGCUCGGGUCACGAACCACGAUACCUUAGUGUGGAAACGCGGCAAGAACUUCUGCGAAUCGAGAAUAGCUGGAAUGCUGCCAUCGUUACUAGUGUAAUUAAAUUAGGGCGUAAAACAUUCGCUGUAUCUCAUCAUGGAAAGACUGGCGGUCUAACCCUGGACUGGCAAGCCGGCUUUUCUCUAACGGAAGGCGCCGAUGCCAACAUUAUUUGGCAGUACAAAUUCUCCCAGCUGAGGGGUUCAAGUGACGAUGGAAAAUCUAAACUAAAGCUGCACUUCCAAGACCAUGAAACGCGAUCCAUCGAAACUAAGGAGCUCGAAUGUCAAGUUCUACAAAGUUUGCUCUUUUGUAUGCAUGCGUUUUUAACGGCUAAAGUUGCUUCGGUUGACCCAGCCUUUUUGAGUUCGAUUCAGCAGGCUUGAAUUUGCGCUGAAGCUGCCACAGAUCGAGAUGCCGGAGAAUGUGAUGACGACGAUGACACUGGCAGCGUGCUUCAGAUUACAAUUGUAGAACCGUAAGCAAUUCCGUAGAUUAAACGCAAUUAUUGAAGGGGAAAACCUAAGCAGAAACAAACAAUCAAAAUUUGCCCUACAAUGGCGCAGCCUAGUUUAAUUAGGAUUGCGAAACGAGCGGUAGGUGUGUUAGUACAGGUUACCCAGUCACAAAGCUACGCAAAAGCAUGAUAUUCAGUCGUGUUUUCCAGAAUUGAAACCUAAAUAAGCGACUACAACUAAAAUUGACUGAUUUUCACAAAAAGUAUUUGCUUUAGUUUGAGGUAUUUCGUAGAUAUAGUCUUAUUUAGUCUCUAAAUCAAAUUAAAAACAUGAGAAGAGAAACGAAUUGGAGCCAACUGAUGGUGAUGAUAUACUCUCUUAUGUUCUCCAUUGAAGGUGCUAACUGAGAAGGGCUGAAGUCAAUUCUAGCCCGGUGUGGAAGACAAGCAUAAAAAAUGUAAUUGCUAUUCCUAUCGAAGGCGAACAUGUUCAUUAUGAUGUGAAGCCACAUUAAUAGUAAAUGCAUUCAACGAACUUGAUAACAAGGGCAGUGUAAUUUAAAAACCAAAUAAUUUUGAGGAAAAAAAUAACGGUACACGAGGUUGUUGCGAGGAUGAUUGAGCGAGAAUAUGUGCUAGCCAAAGCAUUUAGGGUGAUAAGAGAAAAAUAAUUCGGAUAAGUGAGCGGUACUAAGCUUUUCGAUAAUAAAGAGUAAUGUGCAAGUAUUAAAUCGAA